UGUUGCUUCUUGGUUUCCAAGAGACUCAUCCAUCACCACAGCCCGAGGGUGUGAAGAUAUAUACAGUAUUGGGGCCACAUUCGCUCUCUUUCUCUUUCUGACCCCCCGUUUGCAGACAGGCUUCUCGCGGGAAAUAGCCCAAAUAGAAAAGGCAUCCCCUAAUAGUCCUGCUCUGCUCCAUCGAAAGGGAAGCCUCUAGCAUGGGGGUGGGGCUGGGGGGAAGCAGCGAGGACUUGUGUCUCUGCCCAGGAACACGAGCGUCGAGAAUGCUCGGCUGCUCUAAGUUUAAACCAGGAGAGCAGCCUCCAGCCUCUACGCUGCCGCUUAUUCUGGGCGCCUGCCUGGUGCUCAGCUCCCAGGCAACUAGAGGCUAACGCACCUGCCCGGGCGGGCGCCUCAGGAAGGCUCUGCUGCUCGGUAGCUUCUUGUCACUGAAAGUGAAGGAGGCCAGUUCCUCCCCUCCCCUCCUUCCGCCCUGCAGCCAAAGCUGAAGCGAGGGAUUCUCCAAUUCCCCCCACCCCCCUUCUCCAGUACGGACACAGCCCUCCCCGCGUCCAGGUGAGCUCAGUCUUCAGCGAGCCCCGCUGCCCAGGGCCCCCAAGCCUGCACCGGGACGUCGGCCCCACGUGCGAGGCGAAGAAAGGACGUGGAAAGGGGAAGGAGAGAAAGGAGUUGGGUCCGAAACCAGAGCUCACUUUGCUCGCAGUCAUGGGCUCGGCUCACCUGCCGCCUCCGAGCGUGCCGCCCCUGCUCACAGCCGCCUAACUUCGGCAGCCAGCGAGAUGGAGGCGCUCGCCUGGCUCCUGCCCCCGCUCGUCCUGCUGUGCGCCCAGCAGCACAGAUGCACCAGAGCAAUGAAUGACAUUGGAGAUUAUAUAGGCUCUAAUGUGGAAAUAUCUUGGCUCCCCAAUCUGGAUGAUCUGAUGGAAGGCUAUGCCCGGAAUUUCAGACCUGGAAUUGGAGGUCCUCCUGUGAAUGUGGCACUCGCCCUUGAGGUCGCCAGCAUUGAUCACAUAUCAGAAGCUAACAUGGAGUACACCAUGACAGUGUUCUUGCACCAGAGCUGGAGAGAUGGCCGAUUGUCUUACAAUCAUACCAAUGAAACCCUCGGAUUAGACAGCCGCUUUGUAGACAAACUCUGGCUCCCAGACACCUUCAUUGUGAAUGCCAAGUCAGCUUGGUUCCAUGAUGUAACAGUGGAGAACAAACUUAUUCGACUGCAGCCCAAUGGGGUGAUUCUGUACAGUAUCCGAAUAACCUCCACAGUGGCCUGUGACAUGGACCUCUCCAAGUACCCCAUGGAUGAGCAGGAGUGUAUGCUAGACCUGGAAAGCUAUGGCUAUUCUUCAGAGGAUAUUGUGUACUACUGGUCAGAAAAUCAGGAGCAAAUUCACGGCUUAGACAAGCUACAGCUGGCACAGUUCACCAUCACCAACUACCAGUUCACCACUGAGCUAAUGAACUUCAAAUCUGCAGGGCAAUUUCCCAGACUCAGUCUACACUUCAACCUUCGGAGGAACCGAGGUGUCUACAUUAUUCAGUCCUACAUGCCUUCCAUCCUUCUGGUUGCCAUGUCCUGGGUCUCCUUCUGGAUCAGUCAGUCUGCUGUACCUGCCCGGGUGUCACUAGGUAUCACCACAGUGCUAACAAUGACCACGUUGAUGGUCAGUGCCCGCUCUUCCCUCCCACGGGCUUCAGCCAUCAAAGCCCUGGAUGUGUACUUCUGGAUUUGCUAUGUGUUUGUGUUUGCUGCACUGGUAGAGUAUGCCUUUGCCCACUUCAAUGCUGAUUAUAUGAAGAAGCAAAAGGCCAAGCUGAAGGUCACCAAGCAGAGCAGUGAGGUCAGCGUGAAGAAUGCCAUCGUGCUAUUCUCCCUUUCUGCGGCGGGCAUUAAUCAGGAGCUGGCUAUUUCCCAUCGCCAGCACAGAAUUCCUGGCAACCUCAUGGGUUCCUAUCGUUCAGUGGAAGUGGAGACAGGGGAAACCAAGAAGCAGGAAGGACCCACAGCUGGAAAAAAGGGAGGCUUGAGGUCAUUUUUCAAGCCCAUAGAUGCUGACACCAUUGAUAUCUAUGCCAGGGCCGUAUUCCCAGCAGCCUUUGCUGCUGUCAAUGUUAUCUACUGGGUGGCAUACACCAUGUAAAAACAGACACACACGCCCCACAUAUACAUACACAAGUGGGGGCGCCUUUUGGACACUCAGCUCUGCAUUCACCUCACUGCUAUGAAAGAGACACCCGAUCUCCAGUCUGCUUUGUACCCCUGACUCAUUUGUUUUUUAAGAGGAAGGGGGGAAACCCCUAAAGAAAAGCCUUUGGAACCUCUGACUUUGCCUCACUUCACUGUUGCCCAGGCAGAUAAAGAAAGCCUUUCCCAGUUCUGGAUUCCUCUGGCUGCCCCUUUCCCUGGUCCUGAAGAGCGCACCCUAAAUGCUGAGCCACCCCAGGAUGACCAAAGCAGGAUCCUCAGCAGCAGAAAAUGUUUCUGGAAUCCUGGAAUGCCAGCUGGAGGGGUCUAAAGACUAAUCCCCAAAUCUCUUUUUAAAGAAGAGGAAACUGAGGCUCAGGACUUCCUCCCAUGUCACAUAGAUAACUUUGCCAGCCCCAACUAUUCCUUUCUAACUUGGAGGCUGACUUCCUGACGUCUGGGUGACUGAGCACACUAAGGGAGGUGUGCAUUUUUAGACCCACAGGGUGCUUCUUGGUUUCUCAUUCCUCUGGGGUUGCACCUUUGGGUGGAGGGAGCCUGGGGGUUCUCACUGUGGUUAUUGUGUAUCUUGAAUUAAAUGUUAAAGAAAAAACAUCUGGGCGGAUCUCUGGCCCCCUGCAUGUAAUAAAGGGUUUCUUCUUAGAA